AUGACAGCAAUGACUACAGUGACAUUUUAUGCGUCAGCUGAUGAGUUGUUUUGUUUAUUAUAAACAUAAAAUUCUUAUGUUUUUUACUUCCACAUAAUUUUUAAAAUCUCCCAGAAAGUAGAAGGUGAAAUUUAAAUAUAUUGACGUUCAACUGACUGAACGUACUUCAGAAAUAUUAGUCCGAAUAACACUAAUUGCUAUGACCGAACAAUUGCACGUACCAAUUACAAGAGAAGAUUCGAAAAAUCCUCAAAAUCAGAUCGUUAAUUUGAAAUUGGCCCUCGAAAAGGAUAUUGCAGCGUGUGAUAUUAAGUGGAGUCUUUUUGUUGCGGCUGCGCAAAGUUACCGGCAUGAUUCGCGACUUAAUCCGUAUCCACCGAAAUAUGCUACAAAAAACAAGUCGGAGUAUGACAUUGAACGCAUCAGAUUGACAAUAUCCAAUGUGCCGCCCCUUCUUCAGGUCCUAAGGUUGUUAGAAAGCGAGGAAACCGGCCUCAACGACGAUGUGAUCGAUCUUGUACAUUGGGUCGUAUGUUCAAAAUCAUUUCCCACUUUAAGGAGUGUAGCAAAGAAUGAGUUCGAUGCUACAUUGAAAAAGGUUGAAUUUAUAACGCCAGUAUCUGUGCCCACACACAUCUUCGAAGUUGUACCGCAAGCCGACAGUGCAGCGGAAGGUAAAUUCCAACAACAUGCCGAGAAUCGAAGGAAACUGUUUGCAUUUCAUGGCAGCAAAGUGGACAGUUUCUAUUCGAUAGUGAAUUUCGGCUUACAGCAACAUUUGUGCAAGACUGCGUUAUUCGGUGAUGGAAUCUACUUAUCGUCAGAAAUGCAUGUUAGCCUAUCAUUCAGUCCUAUUGGUUCAGGAUGGAAAUCUUCAUUGUGUGGCAAUGAACUGUCUUGCAUCGCUCUAUGUGAAUUCGUUGAUCAUCCGCAGCAUUUGAAGUGUCACAUUAAAGACCGGCAACCGAACGAUGGAGAAAAUGAGCGUAAAAACAAUCAAGAUGUACCUGAUAAAUACUUCGUCAUCACCAACAAUGACAUUGUACGUGUGCGGUAUCUACUGAUGUUUGCCAAACUACCCGACAAACCGAUACAAAUCCAUCAAAAUGCGUUAAUGAAUUGGAUUUAUAACAACAAAUCGAUUGCUACAAUGAUCUUCUACGCGAUCAUCCUGUUGUCCGUUGGUCUGGCUAACAGUAGAACCGGCCAAUAUUUUCGACAAAUUUUCUGGCAAAAAGUAGAAAAAUUUAUUUCUUCUGUGAAAACCAAAUAUUUUUCAUUAUAACAAACGCUUAUCGCUUAUCGAA